AUGGCAAAAGGAAGUGAGUUAAAGAUCCCAGGGCAGCCGCAGAGGCGAGGCUGCGGCAGCAGGAAGAGUCCAGAGGACCUGCGGUAUGCCAGUGCUUCUUUAGCCUGUUUUCAAGCUUUCCCAGACCUGUCUAUAGCAGUGCAGAAAUUUUCCCAGUCACUGCAAGACUUCCAAUUUGAAUGUAUUGGUGAUGCCGAAACGGAUGAUGAAAUUAGUAUUGCACAAUCACUAAAGGAAUUUGCAAGGCUACUUAUUACAGUAGAAGAAGAAAGACGGAGACUGAUUCAAAAUGCUAAUGAUGUAUUAAUUGCGCCACUUGAGAAAUUUCGAAAAGAGCAGAUAGGUGCAGCAAAAGAUGGAAAGAAGAAAUUUGACAAGGAAAGUGAAAAAUACUAUUCUAUUCUUGACAAGCAUUUGAAUUUGUCUGCAAAGAAAAAGGAAUCUCAUUUGCAGGAGGCAGAUACACAGAUUGACCGAGAGCAUCAAAACUUCUAUGAAGCAUCAUUGGAAUAUGUCUUUAAAAUUCAAGAGGUUCAAGAAAAAAAGAAGUUUGAAUUUGUUGAGCCGCUCUUGUCAUUCCUUCAGGGUUUAUUUACUUUCUACCACGAAGGCUAUGAGCUGGCCCAGGAGUUUGCCCCGUAUAAGCAACAGCUCCAGUUCAACCUGCAGAAUACAAGGAAUAAUUUUGAAAGUACGCGGCAAGAGGUGGAGCGCUUGAUGCAGAGGAUGAAGUCCGCCAGCCAGGAUUACAGGCCGCCCAGCCAGUGGACGAUGGAAGGCUACCUCUACGUUCAGGAGAAACGACCGCUUGGUUUCACAUGGGUUAAACAUUACUGUGCAUAUGAUAAAGGAAGUAAAACAUUUACGAUGAGUGUUUCAGAAAUGAAAUCCAGUGGGAAAAUGAAUGGCCUUGUUACUAGCUCACCAGAAAUGUUUAAGUUAAAAUCUUGUAUCCGACGAAAGACAGAUUCGAUUGACAAACGAUUCUGCUUUGACAUAGAAGUAGUUGAAAGGCACGGGAUCAUCACGUUACAAGCCUUCUCGGAAGCAAAUAGGAAGCUCUGGCUGGAAGCCAUGGACGGGAAGGAACCGAUUUAUACGCUGCCUGCCAUCAUUAGCAAGAAGGAAGAAAUGUACUUAAAUGAAGCAGGGUUCAACUUCGUGAGAAAAUGCAUUCAGGCUGUGGAAACAAGAGGCAUCACCAUUUUAGGGCUGUACCGAAUAGGAGGAGUGAACUCUAAGGUUCAGAAACUUAUGACCACCACAUUCUCCCCUAAAUCUCCUCCUGAUAUCGACAUUGAUAUUGAGCUGUGGGACAACAAGACCAUCACUAGCGGGCUGAAAAACUACCUCAGGUGCCUCGCGGAGCCGCUGAUGACGUACAAGCUCCACAAAGACUUCAUUGUCGCUGUUAAAUCGGACGACCAGAACUACAGGGUGGAGGCUGUACAUGCGUUGGUGCACAAGCUGCCCGAGAAAAACAGAGAGAUGCUGGACAUCUUGAUAAAGCACCUGGUCAAAGUGUCCCUGCACAGCCAACAGAACCUCAUGACUGUCUCAAAUCUUGGUGUCAUAUUUGGCCCAACUCUGAUGCGAGCACAGGAAGAAACAGUGGCUGCCAUGAUGAAUAUUAAAUUUCAGAACAUAGUGGUUGAAAUCCUGAUAGAGCAUUAUGAAAAGAUUUUUCACACGGCUCCCGACCCCAACAUUCCCCUCCCGCAGCCUCAGAGUCGAUCUGGCUCCCGAAGGACCCGCGCAAUCUGCCUGUCCACCGGCUCCCGGAAACCCCGGGGGCGGUACACGCCGUGCCUCGCGGAGCCCGACAGUGACUCCUACAGCAGCAGCCCAGACAGCACGCCCAUGGGCAGCAUUGAGUCGCUGUCCUCUCACUCUUCGGAACGAAAUAGCACUACCAAGUCAACUUCCUGCCAGCCCAGAGAAAAGUCCGGAGGGAUUCCUUGGAUCGCGACCCCAUCCUCUUCCAAUGGACAGAAAAGUCUUGGUCUCUGGACCACAAGUCCUGAAUCAAGUUCCCGAGAAGAUGCAACCAGAACAGAUGCAGAGUCGGACUGCCAAAGUGUCGCCUCCAUCGCUGGCCCAGGGGAUGUGUCCCCUCCUAUAGACCUAGUCACAAAGGAACCUUAUGGGCUGUCGGGACUAAAAAGAACCUCUGCUUCCUCCCUCAAGUCUAUCUCUGCUUCUGAAGGAAACAAGAGCUACAGUGGAUCUAUUCAAAGCUUAACUUCUGUAGGCUCCAAAGAGACAUCCAAAGCCACGCCAAACCCAGAACUUCCUCCAAAAAUGUGCAGGAGGUUAAGGCUGGACACUGCCUCGAGCAAUGGCUAUCAGCGACCUGGCUCGGUAGUGGCAGCAAAGGCCCAACUAUUUGAAAAUGUUGGUUCACUUAAGCCAGUAUCUUCUGGGCGACAAGCCAAAGCCAUGUACUCCUGUAAAGCAGAGCACAGCCAUGAGCUGUCCUUCCCCCAGGGGGCAAUAUUUUCUAAUGUGUACCCAUCGGUGGAACCAGGAUGGUUAAAGGCAACUUAUGAAGGCAAAACAGGACUAGUUCCAGAAAAUUAUGUUGUCUUCCUCUAAUAUUACUUAGUGGAUGGCAGUAUCUUCAUGGUAUCCAUGGUAACAAAUAAUAAGUGCUAUGCUUUUAUCUGACACAGAUAUAGGGAUCUGCCCACUAAUUGAAAACAGCCCAUUUCUAUCAAGUUCUUCACCAGCAGACUGCAUAGUUCCCUACUAAUGGAAAAAGGAAAAAUGUUUAAAUUCUGUUCCUUCUUUUUUUGGCUUUUUUUUUUCUUUUUGGUAAUGAGUACUGUAAUUCUCUACAAUGUUUCUUCCAUAGAAACUGAAAAAUCUUAAAUACUGUGCUGAAUACUAUAACAGUUUGAAAACCAGAAAUCUGCUAUAUGGAUUUUGAAAUCUAUUACUACCUGGCAUUCUCUGAAGAAUUCCGAAAUCGUUACUUAUAACUGUAAUAUAAAUUGCUCAUUUAUUUUUUUUCUAAAAAAUACACUGCUUUUGUAUGA